AUGAUCGAGCAGCAGUCCCCGCUGCAGCCGCUGCUGUCAGCCGCCUACUCUCCCCCCACUGACUCGAGCGAGAGACGUCACGUUGUCUGCUGCAAGCGACACGUCGCCCGGAAGAAGCCAGACAACCGUGGAGCGCAGGGGAGCAGUUCUCCGCCUCUCAGCCAGGCCGGGCGGGGCCGCGGGGGGCGCGGCCCUCGGAGGUCCCGGCCCACGGGCCUAGGCAGGCCGCGGGCAGCAGAUGGCGCCCGUCGGGCCGCUGCGCGGGGGCCUGCAGCCGGCGCAGAGCUGGGUGCGUGGCGGCUGCCCCCCCCGCCCGCGCACGCCAGACGCCUUCCCACGGACCCCGCGACGCGGCCCCUGCGUCCUGCUCGCUCGCCAGGCACGGCUGCAGUCGCUCCUGCCCCUGGGUCCGCUCAGCCGACGGCGAGACGCGUGCGGGGCCGCGCGGGCCGGUCUAACUGGGUCUCCGCUCUCGGCCCGGCCACUCCGGUGGAAACAGGGGGCCGACUCCUGAGGCGAUGGCGGAAGCCGACGUCCGUGCUCGGGUGGCCCUCGCAGCGCAGGUGUAACGGGAGCUGCAGCGUCACAGAGCCGCCACUGACUGUUUUCGACACGGUCCCCCAGGACCCCGGAGCGGCAGUGCUCCGGGAUGGGUUCCGCGGAGUGGAGCCCAACUGCGCCCGCUCCUGA